CGGAGGUUUAGAAAUCAUGCGGCUUUAAUGGUUCUACGGCCGUCGCGGAAUAUGACAUUGUAGCUGGUCGCGUGUCUGCAAUCCUGACCAGAACAGCGGCUAUGUCAGUAUAUAUUGGCGCAGUUCGAGGACUGCAUAGCUCAGAUGUUCAGACAUCGUAAACUAUCGCAAUCAGGAUCAACACAAGCUGAUAAGCUUGAUACCCAGAGCCAUUGAAUUGUUCAUUCAUCACCACAAGCACCAAUAUGGACAAGUCCGCUUCUUCAUGGGCCAUCACACCUCCCUCGUCAUUCAAAGCCUCCCUCGCGAUCACGCACAUCGGCAGUGCCACUACCCUCAUCACCAUCACUGCCAAGAAUGGCGCCAAGAAUGGCAACAAGACAACCUUCCUCACCGAUCCCAUCUUCUCCCCGGCCGGCACAGCCUUCCCAGUAACUGCUGACUUCUCACUGGUCGUGCAAAUCGACCCUGCCCUUUCGCUCUCCAAUCUUCCGCCCAUCGACGCCGUCCUGCUCAGCCACGAAGACCACCCCGACCAUAUCGACGCUCCCAGCAGGCAACUCCUCCACGGCCGACAAGUGUUCACCACGCCUGAUGGGGCUGCGGUAAUCGGCCAAGGCAGAGACCGCGGCGGAUUGUGGGGUCUCAGGCCCUGGGAAAGCGUAACAGCCUCGAUCGGCGGCAGCGAGUUUACCAUCACGGGGACGCCAUGCGAGCACCUCCCUGGAGGCGAAGUGACGGGCUUUGUUAUUACCACGUCAGACUUUGGCGAAGAUGAGCAAGGACGGCCUCACGCGGUCUGGUUCUCGGGGGAUACAUUGUAUCUACCCGAAGCGCACCGCCAGCUGAAGGACAAGUACAAUAUCUUGGUGGCCAUUGUCAACCUGGGCGGCGUCAUGAUUGACUGGCCGCCGCCGCUGCCAGCCGCGUCUCAGCCGACAACCGCACCCAGCACUGUCGAUGUCGACCCUGCCACCGAGAGUGAGCCUGGCAAACUGCAGACCACAAUGGACGGGAAGCAGGCGGCACAGCUGUGCAAGGACUUGGAGGUCAGUGUGCUCGUGCCGGUGCACUAUGAAGGGUGGCUUCACUACACGCAGUCCAAGGAGAGCCUGGUCAAGGAUCUCGAGGACGAGGGCGUGGCAGGACGGGUUUGCUGGCUGCCUGGAGGUGGAGAGGCGAGACGGGUCAUAUGAACGAGCAGGCCGGGAGUACAGGAACAGAGAACCACUGGCACUCGGCGUUCCUGCUAUCACAUGUCUCGAGCCGGAUCGAAACGUAAUAUAUCAUCGCUCUCACUGUACAUUGUUCACUAAUGC